GCUUGGAUCCCGCUGGACCCGAGUACACCAGGGCCAGCCUGGAGGAGCGCUUGGAUGCCGAAGAUGCCCUCUUCGUGGAAGCCAUCCACACAGACACCGACAAUUUGGGUAUUCGGAUUCCCGUCGGACAUGUGGACUACUUUGUCAACGGAGGCCAAGACCAACCUGGCUGUCCCUCGUUCAUUUAUGCAGGUUACAGCUAUCUGAUCUGUGACCACAUGAGAGCUGUACAUCUCUACAUCAGUGCCCUGGAGAACUCCUGUCCGCUGAUGGCCUUUCCUUGUGCCAGCUACAAGGCCUUCCUGGCUGGACACUGCCUGGACUGCUUUAACCCGUUUCUGCUUUCCUGUCCGAGGAUAGGGCUGGUAGAACAAGACGGUGUCAAGAUAGAGCCGCUUCCCAAGGAAGUCAAAGUCUACCUCAUGACCUCUUCCAGGGCUCCAUUCUGCGUGCAUCACAGCCUCGUGGAGUUUUACUUGCAGGAGCCAAGAAACAAGGACACCAGCAUCGAGGUCACUUUCCUUAGCAGUAAUGUCACCUCCUCGGUCAAGAUCACCAUACCUAAGCGGCAACUCCAGGGGAAAGGACUCAUAGCUCACUCCAACCCACCGUGCCAGAUACACCAAGUCAUGUUCAAGUAUCAGGCUUCCAAACGGGUUUGGAAAAAAGACCGAACUACCAUAGUCGGGAGGUUCUGCACUGCCCCUCUGCCCGUCAAUGACAGUGAAAAGACGGUCUGCUUACCGGAGCCCGUGAACUUACAAGCAAGUGGGACUGUUGUUCAUGACCUGAAAAUAGCCUGCGGAUAGUGUGAGCCUGGGCAGGACACAUCUCCCUGGUUUUUUUUGAGAAAGGUGUGAUGAGGGAUAUGUGUGUGUGCACAACUUAUUCUAGACCAUUACUACUAAGGUGAAAGGCAAACUCUUGGCUAUUUCCCCCAUAAUUAACUACCAAGGAGAGGACAGACGACAUUUCACAGAACUUGAUUUCCAUUGCCAAUCUCACAUAGCUGCCACUUGUGCUUUCCUCUGCAUACUUAAUUGCAAUGGCCUCAUCUCCAUAGGCAUCUGUACUUAGGAUUCAGUAGAAGCAUGUAUAGAGAAAAUAAUUUAGCAAAAUAAAACUUCGUGAACUAUC